CAUCACUCAUUUCCAGGCAAAAAGACACAACUUUUGUAAUCUAUGCCUAAAACAGCAUGAGGUUUAAUUCUUAGGUCUAGCUCGUGUUCGGCAUAAAGCACUUGUUACCUUAUUGAAUUCUUCCUAAACAUAGUAUGAACAUCUUUAGCUUGAAAAACGGGUGCAGUCUGUCCGUACUCGUUGCGAUACAUCCGAGUUAAGGAAGUGAAUCUAUUAGAAAUGCUGGCCCAGCUACAGUGCUGCGGAGAGACCGCGUUCAGGAAUGACAGCUGUGUGUUUGCUCGCGGCGCUGACAUUAAUUCUGAAAUUAGAAUGUGUUAUAUCGGAGAAAUGGAGCACUGUGGCAGUAAUGAGCACUCCGCUGCAGACUGAUGGAGGGAAUCUGAAUAAAGUUACAGCGUCUGCAUUGAGGAGCAGCAGUGAGGACGGGUGUGACAAGGUGAUGACGCUGCCGGCCGACCAGCGCUGUGACUUUGUGCUGAACACCACAGACUGCUACGCCGAGGGUGGCUUCAUGAAUUACCCCUGGAUCACUUUUUGCUUCUUUCCUCCUAACCUCUUGCCUCUUGCUAUUUUCCUUUAUGUUCUCUGGCUAAUGAUUUUGUUCCUGAUUCUUGGACUGAUUGCAUCAGAGUUUUUUUGCCCCAACCUCUCAGCUAUCUCCUCUACUUUGAAGCUGACACAUAAUGUGGCUGGAGUAACAUUUUUAGCUCUUGGUAACGGGGCUCCAGAUGUGUUCAGUGCCAUGGCUGCUUUCUCCCGUCCACAGACAGCUGGACUGGCUAUUGGAGCUUUGUUUGGGGCAGGCAUCUUUGUGACUACAGUUGUUGCUGGGAGUGUUGCACUGGUGAAGCCUUUCACUGUGGCCUCUCGCCCUUUUCUGCGUGAUGUCAUCUUCUAUAUGGCUGCUGUCUUUUGGACUUUCAACAUUCUUUACAAGGGACAAAUUAAACUCAAAGAAGCCAUUGGAUAUCUGGCACUGUACUUGCUAUAUGUUGUGACUGUGGUGGUGAGUGCGUAUAUUUAUAACCGCCAGUCACGCUCCAUCCAGGAACCUCUACCAAACUCUACAGAGUUUAACCAAGAGGAGGAGUAUGAGCCUUUGAUAUUUACUGAGUAUUCAACCAGUAGCAUUUUCCUGAGGGCUAUUAACCCCAUAGAUUCAAGGACCUGGAGGAGGAUACACUGGGGUUGGAAAGUGCUCAAGAUCAUUCAGCUGCCAUUUGAAGUGGUGCUGCUGCUGACAGUUCCAAUUGUGGAUGCUGGUAAGAAGGAACGUAAUUGGAAACGACCUCUUAACUGCCUGCACCUUUUUACUGCGCCACUGGUGUGUGUACUUACCUUCAGCUCAGGGAUAUACGGUCUGUACCUCAUUGAGGGAGAGUUUCCUGUGUGGAUGCUCACAGGACUUGUUGGUGCCUUUCUCUCAGGCAUAGUCUACUGUACUACCAAUAAUGCACAUCGUCCUGUUUACCACUUUCUCUUUGCAUUACUGGGAUUUAUAGUAAGUGCUUUGUGGAUCAACACAGUGGCUUCAGAAGUUGUGAAUGUAUUGCACCUGCUGGGCAUCAUCCUUCAUUUAAGUAAUACUGUAUUGGGACUCACACUUCUUGCAUGGGGAAACAGCAUUGGAGAUUGCUUUGCUGACAUCACUAUAGCACGACAAGGCUACCCCCGAAUGGCAAUUUCUGCCUGCUUUGGAGGCAUCAUUUUCAAUAUGCUUUUUGGAGUUGGUCUUGGCUGUCUGUUGCAGAUGUUUAAAUCUCAUAAUUUCGUCACGCUGGAGUCAGAAGGAUUGCUGUGUUGGGUGCUGGCAGCAGCAUUGGGUCUCUCCCUGGUCUUCUCAUUUAUACUUGUUCCUCUGCAAUGCUUUUACCUGAGCCGAGCCUAUGGCAUCUUCCUCCUUCUCUUCUAUGUCACAUUUCUCAUCAUUGCACUCCUUACAGAGUUUGGAAAGAUCCACAUAUAAACCUAGCACAUACACUGGACACACAUAUGCAGGUGGUUUUUUAUAUACAAAGUAUGCAGGUUGUGUGUGUGUGUGUGUGUUUUUUUUAACACUACCCUUGCAGGAAAAACUGUAUGGUGUUCUUAAAACUGUUUUGCUUUAGAUAACACUUACUUGUUUGUUGUUUGCUUGUUUCCAUGCAUUCAUUUAUUCCCUUUUUAGUCUCUUAUGCGACUGUCAAUUAAUACUAUAGACACCAGUUUUUGACAUGUUUACAAUUGUAAAACAUGAAAUAUUUUAAUGCCAAUUAAGUCUCAAAGCAGUUAUUUAAAAUAGUAAAAUGUCAAAGAGCUAAUUUACUAAUAAAUAAGAGGUAAUUUUAUAUAUUUAAAUGUAAUUAAUGAAGGCAUUAGCAUCCAGCUCGAUAAAUGUUCAUUAGUUUUGAAACCACCAUGUUUCAGCAUGCAUUGAACUAUCACAAUAUGAACAAUGACUUCCAUUACUGUUUGUUUAUAAGUGCCAAUUGUAUUUGAUGUUAUCCCUGUCCUGUUUUUGCCACUGUAUUUUAUUGGUUGUCUGCCUCAUGUGUCAUAAUUAUUCAUAAGUGUUUUAAGUGUUUCAAAAAGCUUUCACAUUUUCUCAUUAAAAAAAAUGCACCACAAAUGCAUCAUUUUCUUCACUUCAUCAGAAGUGAAUCUGCGUCUGUGUUAGAUGGAGCAAAAACAUGACUAUAGGGAGGAUUCCUUAUAGUGCUGAUUUUGCUCCGUCGGACUACAAGGACACACCUUUAACACCCCAAAAUUUACUUUCUGCAAGGUGUGAGCAGAAGUGUGCAGACAUGCACUGCCAUGCAAGAUUACAACACCCUUGGAUAGCAGUUUAGGCUUUAGCUCUUUAAUAAGCAUCUUACUGUAACAAGCACUGUUGAUUGUUAAACGUUUUUCCUGAUAAUGUUCCAAUACUGGCCCCUGAGAAUCCCAGAAAACUGCAAGCAUCAAUUUUCCAGCUCAUUAAAAACCUUAUCACCUUCCAAAGUAUCAGUUUGUAGUUAUCCAAACGCUUCUCUAAUUCAUUUAUGAUCUUUUAUCAUUUGUUUUGAAACCAGGUACACAGACCAAAAAAAAAAAUCCUGUUUUUGUGCAGCUACAAAUAAACUGAUGUAACACGUGCACAGCUGCGCAGCAGUGACUGGGGAGACAGUAAAAGGGAAUGGAAAAUGAUGAAAAGACAGUGGAAGCAACAGCAGUUUUAAUAUAACUGGAGUGUGGAGAUAUAUAUAUAUAUAUAUAUAUAUAUAUAUAUAUAUAUAUAUCAGUGUCCUUAUAUAAAGAAAAAUGUAUGCUUAGAUGACUGUAAAUUAUAUUAAUAAUCUGAAUAAUAGCCAAAUCAAAUUCUGUGUAUGUUUGCCCAUUUGCCCCCCAAUGGGGGUAUGUAAGGUCGCUGAACUGCUAGAUGUCCAGGUGUGCUCUGAAAAUAAUGUGGGCUUUAUAGACAAUUGCAAGACCUUUGAGGGCAAAGCUGGCCUGUUAGUGCGGAACGGUGUCCAUCCCACUCAGGAAGGUGCUGCUCUCAUUUCCUAUAUUAUAGCACAUUCUCAGAAGAGGCCUAGUUAAUCGGUGACAAUCCAGAGCCCAGGCCAGGGAGCAGACAGACAGGCUAAACCAACCGUCUGCUAGCUGCAUAGAGUCGUCACUCAGAGAUCAGAUGUGCUAAAACAUUAGUCACAUUUAAAUCUAGUCUCAAAACUCAUCUGUUCAGCUAUGCAUAUAUUCAAUGAGCACUGUGCUACGUCCGAACUGACUGCACUAUUUACGUUUAUCUAAUAUCUUAAACUGUUUUAUUUUUAUUUUAAAUUAUGUUUUAUAUUAGUUUUAAUUAGUCUUUUAUUUUUUUAUUAAAUUUUAAUUAGUUUUGUUGCAAACUGUUUUUAUUUUUAUUUUAAAUGAAAUUUAAAAGUUUUUGUUAAAAAGUCUUAUUGCUAUUAUCUUUUAUUUCAUUUCAUGAUUAUUUUCUGUUCUUCUAUGUAAAGCACUUUGAAUUACCAUUGUGUAUGAAAUGUGCUAUACAAAUAAACUUGCCUUGCCUUGAUAA